AUGACAAUGAAAUCAAUUUCCAUCGCUGCCCUUCUCUCCCUUGCCACUGUUGGCCAUGCCUAUAGCCCUAACCCUGCCAUUGGUUUGGCGGCCAAGGGUAUGGGACUGCUCAAACCAAUCUUCGGAUUGGAGGCACAAAUCCAAGCUGCCGCACUUGGUGCCAUUUCGAAGGUGGACAAGGAUGAUGUUGUUCAAGAAAUUAAUUAUCAAAAGACACAGAACAAGGCUCUCAUCUACACUUACGGCUUGAGUCCCUUCAGCUCCGAAGCAAAGGCAAUCCUCGAGGCGACCGACUAUGAAUUCAAGGAAAUUGAACUUGGCGCUGAGUGGUUCCUAUUGGGAGGAAGAGGUUCUGUCACAAGAGUGGCUUUGUCAGAAGAAGUUGAGGGAGGAGCGACCAGUCUUCCAAAGAUUUUCAUCGGUGGAAAGUGCAUCGGAGGUUGCAAUGAACUUUCAGAACUGGCUACCAGUGGAGAUCUUGAUUCUCUUCUUGCCAACGCGAAGGUUCCGAAGAAGGGUGCCCCAGCAAAGAAGGGCGCAUUCUCAUUCUUCGAAUAA